GGCUGAUUUAAAACUGUUGAGAAAAUGGCAAUGCUUAGAGGUGUUUCAAAUCUUUUUGGAAGAAGUUUGAAAUACUGUAGGGCAGUGAAUGGAGUACAAAACAUGAAGUACUCUGAAGAAGUUGAAAAAGCACAUGAAUCACAAAAUAUGGAUAUUAUGUUUGGUAUGAAUUGGGAGGAUGUUGCACCAAUAAGACACGCAAUGGAAAUCAAAAGUGGCGAUAGAAUCUUCACGAUUGCAUCAUGUGGUGCCAAUGCUAUGACCCUUCUACUCGAUGAUCCUGCUGAAGUUGUGGCCCUAGAUUUAUCCAUUCCACAGCUGCAUUUGGCAAGAUUACAGGCAGCUUGCAUCAAACAUCUGACAUACCAAGAGUUUAUUGACUUUGCUGGAGUUGACAGAGAAAGAGUAACACCUGAGGAGCGUAUCCGGAUAUACAACAGCAUCAAGAAAGCACUAGAACCAGGUGUGCAAGAGUUUUGGGACUCGAUGACAGCUGAAAUAGAGUUUGGUGUGAUACACUGUGGAUACUAUGAGAAAUUGUUCAGAAAUGUUGCAGAAGACAUGGUCUACGUAGCGCUUGAUAAGCAUGAUAUUAAGAAGUUUAUUACAAUGGGUGAUAAUAUUGAAGAUCAGGCCAGCUUCUAUGAAGAUGUCAUCAACAAUAAACAUUGGAGAAAAUCAGUUUACAGGUUGGCGUACCAUAUGAUGAAGGAUUUCAAUUUCUCUAUUAUUCCAGAUGCGGAUUAUGGAACAUUCUACUACAGAAGAAUGGUUGAUAUUUAUAAGAGCAUCCCAAUGAAGCAAAACCACUUUGGUGAAUACCUUUUAACGGGUGGUUACUCUGGGAAGUAUAACCUCAGAGAUUACCUUCAAGAAGAGAAUUUUGCAACGCUGAAAGAUCGGGUUGGACGUAUACAGUGGGUAUAUGGAGAACUAACAGACUGGCUAGCCAACUACCCAAAUACUGGGCAACCAAAAUUUGAUGGGAUCUGCGUAUCUAACAUUACCGACUGGUUGUCGUUAGCCAAUCACAAUGCAACCAUUAAAUCAGCUGCCGAAAUCUGCAAUCCUGGCAGAAGAAUAGUAUUUUGGAAUCUGAAAGGUAUGCCAAAAUACUGGCCAAGUGACAUGAUCGACAAAGCUGUCAAGGUUGAGCAUGAAUUAGAAGCCACAGCAUUGCUGCUAGAUAGGUCACCAUUUUGGGAGCCUCUCAGAGUUGCAACUGUUGUAUAGACAAAUUGAGACAAUAUAAACAGAACUUAUAUGCUUUGUUGGUGAAAUAUAUUGGGCAAGACCUAUGUAGAUUUUUAAUUUAAGGCACGCCAAUCAGGUUUAUGAUAAACAAAUUCAACGACCAAUCAGAUAACAGGAGGACUUUCCCGGUAUAUUCAAACUUCAGAUUGAAUUAAUUUCUUCGAAAAUAAUUAGAUCGGCCAGCACAAUCGCAAAAUUAACACUGAAAGAGGGGGAUUUGGAACUUAGAUGGGUAUAUAUGUGGUGAAACUCAAUAUGCAAAAAAGUCCAGAGGGGUCUUGAUUGUGCUAUCCUAUGGCAUAGAGCCUCUUUAAUUUUCAUAUUUUUUU